AUGAACCCGCUCGCGGCAGCCCGUAGCGCACGGCCACUUGCGCCUCGCAUCGCCCGCCGCACGUCUACAGUGUCCCGCCUGGUGUUGUCGUCGUCCACGCCGCGUUUCGCCUCGUCGGCCUCUGCCUCUUCGUCUUCGUCGGCUUUGCAUCUUGCGACUAAGGCGAGCACCUCGAGCCUCACCCCUGCCUCGCGCCAGAUCCGCCGCACAUUUGCGACAGCCACUUCAACAGAGCACACUCCUUCCUCGUCGCUGGAACCCCUGUUCCACAGCUCUGCUGCCUCUGCCGCCCACAGCCCCGUCGUCGGGUCCGAAGGUGUCCAGAGCAUUCUUGCCGACACUGGCAAGCUCCUCGCCAACGACGUUGGCGGUUCGGCAAACUGGUAUGACCGCAUCCGCUCCGCAGAGAUUGAUCUGGAAGCUACGCGUCGGGGACGUUUGGCUGUCAUUGGCGACCCGCUCGCUGCUCCUCACGAUGUUGUGAGCGCUGUUCUCCAGGACCCGCUGUCCGACUCGGAGGUCAUGCGCAAGGCUCUCCUCAACCGCUACUUUGGCACUGGAAACGAGACGCUGACCAUCUCUUACGACGAAAAGGCAUCUCGCAGCGAGGGCCACCUGACCUGCCCCUCAGGCUGGCUUCAGGCCAGCAAGUACGAUGUUGUGGAGGUGCAGGUUGAUGCUCCCUUCAGCGAGGCGAGCUCUUCGCUCGUGGCAGCCGACACUGUGCUCGUUGUUCUCGACCCCAUCCGCCUCGCGAGUGCACCGGCCGUCGCGUACCUCCUGCCAUUGGUGUUGGCCAAGGGCAACGUUCACUUUGUCGUCAACGGCACUCUGCCCCCUCACGUUACCGAGGAGCAGCUGCGUGCCAGGCUCGAGAACCAGAUCAAGAGUGUCGUCGCCCCCGGUCUGCACGGCAAGGCCGAGUGCUCAGUCUCGUUUGUCAAGGCCGAGACAGCGUUGAAGGCGCUGUUCGCCCUCGACGUCGCCCUCGCCGGUCAAGCUGGAAACAAGGGCUCGGCCUUUGAUGUGUUCCAGCGCGACUUCCUCGCGUCCAACUUGGGUCCUCUUCAGAGCCAGCUCAUGACUUCCCUGCCGGCCGAGUACCAGCUCAAGACCGCCGCCUGUACCGCCCACUUGGCGCUGGCAUACACCGAGGGCGUGAUUGCCGGCGACCGCAGUGUGCUCUCCCAGGCCGCGAACGUGGUCACCGAGCUCCGUUCCGAGGCGCACAACGCUGGCAGCCGCGCUGAGCGCGUGUCCGUCGUAGCGCGCGGUAUCGAGGGCGGUGUGGUGGAGGGCAGCGUCGAGCAGUCUCUGGACUCGUCAAAACGCGACCUCGAGCACAUGUUCUCGUCGCGGUUCUCGUGGCUCGGCCUCGUCGCCCGGUUGAGGGUGGACGACGUCGCCGCCGAGCUGGGCGCAUACCUCUCUCGCUCGUUUGCGCGCGAUGUCGAGCGCCAGCUCAUCUUCGAGGCCGGCGAGCUGGCCCAGCUCCAGACCUCCUUGGGAGAGCAGGCCAAUAAGACGGCACGCACCCUCAUCGCGCCCCAUGCGGCCGACACCAGCAGCCCACACCCGGGCCACCCGUUCUCCUCGCCGCUGCUCCUCAACCACCUCCAGUCGCUGGCACUGAGCGUCCCGCGCGUCACGCCCGGCACGCUCCUCGCGCCCGUCACCACGCGCCGGAACCAGCUGCUCGCCACCGCCGUCCCGCGGCUACAGGUCGCGGCCCAGCGCUCGCUCAUGACCACGUACGCGCUCGCGCUGUGCGGCUCGUCGGUCAGCUGGUGUGCGUCCAUGCCCCCGUUCGACCUCGUUUCGGGCUACGCGGCCCUUGGCACGGGCGCCCUGUCCAUUGUCGGCUCGUUGGCAAUGGGCCAGGCACUGUGGCAGCGCGCACAGAACAAGUGGUGGAAGGACUGGAACCGCGUCACGGACAUGAUGAAGGACGACCUGGCCGAGACGUACGAUGCGGCUGUCGAGGGCCUGGUGCUCGCGCAGCCCGACGCGGCGGCGACCGGCCUCUCGACGCUCGUCGACAAGCGCCAGUCCCGACUGGACGACCUCGAGCGCCGGUCCCAGGUCCUCCAUUCGCGGUUGGCCGCGACAGGACUGACAUCUACUGGCGACAAGCAGUAA